CCCCCACCCCCCCGCCGCCAUCCCGUCUACCUCGGCCCCCCGCCGUUCCGCUCCGGACCCCGGCCCGACUCCCCGGCCGCCGUACUGCAGUGCUGCUUAAGCGCCGGGCGCUCUAUAGAUGGAGAAGUCUAAACAUGGGAAGAGGAAUAACCGUGAGGACGGGAGCACGGGCAGAGGGCAUGGAAAGGGCCGCCCUUCGGGCAGUUCGAUGAAGAUGAACCCCGGGGGCAUGAAGAAUGAGAACGCAUUGCAGCCCCCCAAUGCUUCAACCUCAGCGAUGAAUGUUAUUAGGAAAAAGGUCGAUCCUGAAACUGCUAAAUACUUCCUCGAGAUAUCGAAUCUCUUUGAUAACAAGGAGAUAGACUUGGAGGACCGUUCGACGAUCUGCGCCAAUGCUUUGGAAGAAACCAAAGGGAAAGAGCUCGAACUUGUCACUGAUGGUGUAAUAAGCCACACCUUGCAGAUUCUUGUACAAGGUUGCGAGUUGGAGCAGUUAUGCAUGUUCCUCCGCAGCUGUAUUCAGUCUUUUGCUGUUAUUGCCAUGGACAAAUUUGGAUCGCAUGUGGCUGAAGCAGCCCUCAAGGCACUGGCAACACAUCUUGAAGACGACACCUCCAGGGUCAUUGUGGAAGAGAUACUGAAUAGGAUUUGCAAGGUUAUUGCUGCAGAUGCUACAAAUGUGAUGUGCAGCUGCUAUGGAUCUCAUGUUCUAAGGACACUUCUCUGUCUUUGUAAGGGCGUACCGUUCGAUUCAUUGCAAGAUUUCCACAUGACAAAGAGAUCUGCUGUUCUGGCUGAACGAUUGAGCGGUGGUUCAAGUAGACCAGGCGACCAGAAUCUAACAAGCUUUCAACAUGGUUUCCCAGACAUGUUCAAAACUUUUGUCAGGCAAAUGCUACAAAAUGCAAAAAAUGACAUUUCAACAUUACUAACUGAGAAGAACAGUAGCCUUGUUUUACAGACUGUGUUGAAACUAUCAGCUGGUGAUGAUGAUGAAUUGAAUCAUAUAAUAGCGGUUCUUCUUGGUUAUGACGAGGAUGACACUGCUCAGAAGAAAGAUUACAGUGAACAAAAGAAUAAGAUAGUUGCCUUACUUGAAGAUACUGCUUACAGUCAUCUCUUGGAGGUCAUUAUAGAUGUUGCUCCUGAGGAACUACGCAGCAAUAUGCUUAUAGGCACUCUCAAGGGUGCACUAUUUGCAAUCUCGUCUCACCACUGUGGUAACUAUGUGGUACAAGCUUUAAUAUCAUCAGCCAAAACUGCAGAUCAGAUGAAGCAAAUAUGGGAGGAACUUGGUCCUAAUAUCAAGGAGUUGCUUGAGCUAGGUAAAUCAGGAGUGGUGGCUUCCAUUUUAGCUGCAUGCCAGCGACUUGAAACAAAUCGCCUGGAGAUCUCUGAAGCUCUUUCUGCAGCAUUAACUUCAGAUUCCGAGCCUUCUGAUAGCAUUGUUGCACAUAUACUUUUUCUUGAGAAUUUCCUCCGCGAGAAAUCUUAUUGGAAAUGGCCGCUUGGUGUAAAGAUGAGUGUUCUUGGUUGCCUGAUGCUGCAAUCAAUUUUUCAAUACCCACAUCAAUAUAUUCGGCAGUAUGUUGCAAGUUUGCUGGCUUUGGACAAUGAUCAGAUCCUGCAGAUUGCCAAGGACCCUGGAGGCAGCCGUGUUCUUGAGGCAUUUUUAUGUUCAAGUGCAACAACAAAGCGAAAAUUUAAAGUUUUUGCAAAAUUGCAAGGCCAUUACGGGGAGAUUGCUAUGAAUCCUUCUGGCUCAUUCUUGGUAGAAAAAUGCUUUACAGCGAGUAAUUUUUCCCAUAAAGAGGCCAUUGUGUCAGAGCUGUUGGCUAUGCAAAAUGAACUAUCUCGGACAAGACAUGCCAUCCACUUGUUAAAGAAACUGGAUGUUGAUAGAUACUCAAGACGACCCGACCAGUGGAGAGCUGCGCAAACUUCGAAAGAAACAACUCAGAGAGAAUUUCAAGCCGAAUUUGGCCUGAACAACAGUAAACCUGUUGGCCAGAGUAUCGAGGAGCUGUUUUCUCCCCAAAGCCCUGCAAAGAAGCGUAAACAGAAAGAGAAGACCGACAAAACUACUACUGCGGAUGCCGGCACCACCAAGCCAGAAUCAUUUCAGAAAAACACCAAGGGCCAGAAAUCCGCCAAGGCAAUGUCCGAGGGAGAAUCGAGCAGCAAGAAGCCCGUGAGCAUGCCAUUCUUGAAUGACGGUGGCAAGAGGAAAUCGCCAGGUUUCCUAUCGGACAAACCGAUUCCCAAGAAACAGAAACACGAGAGACCCUCAGAUGGCAGGCGGUUUGUCGGGGAUGGCAGCAGCGUUGGCACACCGUUUGUCAGGCAUAAUGUCAAGCAGAAACAGUCCAUCGCCGAGCUUGCUGCUCUGGCUGGUAAGGAUAAACUGACCGCAGGGGAGGUCCGGAAGCUGCUCAAGCCCGAAAUUUCAGCCAAGGGCGCCUAACUCAUCUCUUAUCUUGUCAGCGCUUGUAGAAAAGACGACCCUGUUUCUCGCAAACCAUGUGGAACAAGGCGGCGAUUUUGUUGGUAGAGUAGGUUUUUACUCACCUGUUGUCAUGAGCUUCAAGAUGCACGAAUGGAUCUAUGUACUUGCAACAGUCACUUAAGAUUAUUAGCUUUGGUUCAGGAGCGAGUUUCCGAAAA